GCGAACAAAACCCACGAGGAACUGCAACAGUUGCUGCUGUAUUGCAAAAGAAACCGAGGCAGCGUGACUGCGAUUGCCACUAGACUGGGCACGCUGCUUCCCGAUGCUGCAACGCCUCAGUGGCUUCUUUUAACCAAUAAGACACUGCUACCACAGCCUGAUGUGGUGGCUUUUCCCAAGCCUCCAAAAGCCCCAGACGGUAGCUUGAUGUACGAACGCGUUCCAAAUAAACCGGAUGCUGACAAAAUACCUGUAAACAAUAUGUCUCCGUCUUUGAAGCGCAGGGCGUACGAGGAAAUGAAUGGUAUCGACAAUUUCUACUCCGAUCUGGACUGGGACGAGGGUUCCUGUCUAAACGCCCCACCCGCGAAACGGAUGUCUAAAGAGCCGAUGCCCAUCUCGCGCCACCCAGUCGCCUCCUCCGCCCUGCCAGGAACAGGGCCUCUUGCAGGAAACACGGCGUUGAGUUCUAACGCAGACCAGUAUCAGAUGAUGAUGGCGGCCGCAGUCCAAGCCCAUACGCCCGCAGGGCUUUCGGGGCCGAUGCCUCGCCAGGUGGCCCAAGUGAACGGAAAGCCAAAGAUCGCUCAAAUGACCCGAAGUGGAUCCGGGCGUAAACAAGUGAUUAGCUGGAUGGACGCUCCUGAUGAUCUGUAUUUUAAAGCGACUGAACAUAGCAAAAAGAUUCGACGUCAGAUCUCAUCGGUGGAAUUGCGCCGAGCUGCAAGAAAGCCUUGGCGAUAUUUCAAAACGCGAUUGGAUGAACCACCCGUUGUAGUUCUCGAUUGACAUUAACUUUUCUCGAUGUAAAUCAAUUUAAAUGGUAAAUGUGAAGGCGCUCAUUGUGCCACCAACAGCACAACGUAAAACUGAAAGCUCCAUGUAAAAAAUAAUGUUUUGUACAUAUAGAGUGAGAAUGACAUUUUACACUGAUUGAGUUUCGCAGCAGAACGGAACGUCGUCUUUUUCAAUUGUUGUUUAAAAAAAUGCAUAUUUCAAGUCUUGGGGUGGCUACAACAUAUCGAAACAGGUCAAUUUGCAAGUGAAUUGUUGUCGCUGAGGUUUCAACACGUUGUUACUUGUGCGUUUUAUCACGAAUGAAGAACCCAAAAGGUCUGUGCUGUGCAUACGUGUGUGAGUUUAGCAACAAUUUAAGAAGACUCUGGUUGCGAGCGAGAUUUGCCAACUGUUCGUUGACUAGUUUAUUGUUUACCUGCACUGUUUGACUUUUUACCAUUUUUUAUAAUUGCCCAAUAGAGUUAAUGAUAACGACAAUCAAUGCAACUUUUUAUUUGUAUUGCUCCUCCUGACCCGACAGGUUCGCAAAUCUCGAUUCGGAAUCGACCACUGUAUCAAUAUUAUUAACAAAUUGUAAAAGCACUUCGGAUGGACACUUUGAGAGGAAUAUUUGUGAUUUAAGUAAUAAGUACACAUUUUUGUCUACUA